UAAUCAAUCAGUGUUACACAAUACCCGCGUUGUUUCCUUUGCAUGCCACUUAUUAAUUUCGCCCUGAUAGUCAUUAGAGCUUAUUGUUCUGACCAUCCAAAAAUAGACGUACUAUAGUUAUGUCGAAGAAUUACAUAAAAGUGCUUUUGAAGCCUUUUCGUGAGAGUAAAGUAGUAGAAGGUUUGCUGAAGUGGUUCGAGCCUGGCGCGAGUGUUAAAGCCGGAGGGGUACAGGGCGUUAAAAAUGAGACCCCGGCGGCUCGAAGCGGUGCGGCGCAGUACAGCACGGGCGUACGGAGGGUGACGCUGAUCCCCGGCCAUGGCAUCGGUCCCGAGAUCACCGUCGCGGUUCAGAAAAUAUUCGAAGCCGCCAAGUGCCCCAUCGAAUGGGACGAGGUUGACGUGACGGCUGUUAGGGGUCCAGAUGGCAAGUUUGGUAUCCCCCAGAAGGCUAUUGACUCCGUGAAUGAAAACAAGAUUGGCCUGAAGGGCCCUCUCAUGACCCCCGUGGGUAAAGGCUACCGCUCCCUGAACUUGGCCCUACGUAAAGAGUUCGACCUGUACGCCAAUGUCAGGCCUUGCAAGAGCUUGGAUGGCAUCAAGACGCUAUACGACAACGUGGACGUGGUCACCAUCCGAGAGAACACAGAGGGCGAGUAUUCCGGCAUCGAGCACGAAAUCGUGGACGGCGUGGUGCAGUCCAUCAAGCUCAUCACGGAGGAGGCCAGCAAGCGGGUCGCCGAGUUCGCGUUCCAGUUCGCGCGCGACAACAAGAGGAAGAAGGUCACUGCUGUGCACAAGGCUAACAUCAUGCGUAUGUCUGACGGUCUGUUCCUACGCUGCUGCCGCGACCUGGCCACCAAGUACCCCGACAUCAAGUUCGAGGAGCGCUACCUCGACACCGUCUGCCUGAACAUGGUGCAGGACCCCGCCAAGUUUGACGUGCUUGUGAUGCCCAACUUGUACGGAGACAUCAUGUCAGACAUGUGCUCGGGCCUGAUCGGCGGACUCGGGCUCACGCCGUCCGGAAAUAUCGGCAAGAACGGCGCGCUCUUCGAGUCUGUGCACGGGACCGCGCCAGCCAUCGCCGGCCAGGACAAAGCGAACCCUACCGCGCUUCUACUCUCUGCGGUCAUGAUGCUACGUCACAUGAGGCUCCUUGACCACGCCGGCAACAUUGAGGCUGCCUGCUUCGCCGUCCUCAAGGAGGGAAGAGUGCUCACUGAAGACCUCGGAGGCUCCAGCUCUUGCACUGAGUAUACAAAUGAGAUCAUCAAGCAUCUACAAUAAGGAGUAUGAAGUUGUCAUCGGGGUGUGAUAGUCAUGCCAAAUGUAGGAAAGGUUCAAUUUUGAUGGCUCAACAGGCUAGUAAGAUGAAAUAUUUAAGAUUAAUUCAAAAUAUGGUGGGUAAAUAAUCACUGCCUUGUAUAGAUGAAUUUAGAUAUCGAUUCUGAAAAAUACUCAACGUUUAUCUUUGUUCAUUCAACUGAAAAUAAACUCUUGCAAAUAGUAUAAUCCUUCAUAUAGGGCCUAAAUAACAUAGUAACCAGUUUGAAAUAGAAUGUCAAUUACUGUAAUUACUUUUUUUUGUAAAGGAAUGAAAGGCAAGUUGUAUGUUGGCGAGCGAUGACAAUUUCUUGAGGACAACUCCACUGUUGCAACUAGUUAAAUUGAUAGAUCAAAUUGUUGACUAUGAAGUAACAUUUUCGUACCGUAAGCGUUCUUAGAUCUAGCCUUAUUUAUUGUGAUGAACGAUUCGGAUCUGCGCACGAGUGGUAGCCAAAGAUGCGGGACAUCUAUUUAAAUGACUAAUAUUUUAUUUAAAAAUAUUAUUUAAACUCCGCCGAUAGCUGUAGAUCAUAGAUAGAUCUGUUAAUGUUUCAUUUUCAUUCUUCAAUUUAUGUUUUUUUUUCGAAACUUUGUAUGUACACCUGGAAUAAGUGUG